CCUAACCCUCCUAUAAAAUCCACUCCCACGUCGAGAACAAACAUACCCAGGCAUUGGACUCGUUGCAGGCCACUUAACAUGGCUCCCCUAAAACUAUUGGCUGGACUUUCCCUCUUGAUGUGCCUCCAAAUUGUGUCCUCGACCAAACUGGUGUGUUACUUUACCAACUGGUCCCAGUACAGGCCAGGAGUUGGAAGAUAUAGGCCAGAAAAUGUGGACCCCCAUCUCUGCACACACCUGAUCUACGCAUUCUCCAUCAUCAGCCCUUCAAAUGAACUGUCAACAUAUGAAUGGAAUGAUGACGUUCUGUAUAAAUCCUUCAAUCAACUCAAGAGCAUAAACCCCAACUUGAAGACUUUGCUCGCUGUUGGUGGCUGGAACUUUGGAACUGCAAAAUUUACCACCAUGGUCUCCACUCCCGCCAAUCGCCAGACGUUCAUUCAGUCUUCCAUUAAGUUCUUGCGACAGUACGGCUUUGACGGAUUGGACCUGGACUGGGAGUACCCUGGAGCGCGAGGAAGCCCACCGGCGGACAAAGAGAGGUUCACAGUGCUUUGUCAGGAAUUACUGGCUGCCUUUGAAGAGGAAUCAGCACGGACCAGUCGAUCUCGUCUGCUUCUCACAGCUGCAGUUGCGGCGGGAAAGGGAAACAUUGACAAUGGUUACGAAAUAGCAAAAGUGUCAAAGUUUCUAGACUUCAUCAACAUUAUGACCUAUGACUUCCACGGAGCAUGGGACCCGUUCACUGGUCACAACAGCCCCCUGUACCGCGGCUCUUUCGAUCAAGGGGACAACAUCUACUACAAUGUUGAUUUUGCAAUGAAAUACUGGCGAGAUCAAGGUGCUCCUCUUGAUAAGCUCAACCUUGGUUUUGCGACAUAUGGGCGCACGUUUCGUACAGUUUCAGCAGCUAAUGGUGUUGGCGCACCUGCCGCCGGAGCGGCCUCAGCUGGGCCCUACACACGUGAAGCUGGCUUUUGGUCCUACUAUGAGAUUUGCACUUUCCUUGAAGGAGGAAGUCUCCAUUGGAUCGAGGAGCAGAGGGUGCCGUAUGGCGUUAAAGACAACGAGUGGGUUGGCUUUGAUAACAGACAGAGCUUUCAAAUCAAGACACAAUACUUGAAAAGUGAAAACUUUGGCGGGGCUUUUGUCUGGGCUCUGGAUCUUGAUGAUUUUGCUGGACAGCUCUGCGGACAAGGAAACUAUCCACUCAUCAGUUACCUGCGCUCUCUUCUAGGCUCAGAUGAUCCAACACCACCGGCGUCAACCACAAACCCACUACAGACCACACCAUCCUCAAUCCCAAUAGCAACAGAGACCACAAUGACAGCAGAAAACACAACGGCACCUGAGACCACAAUGGCACCAGAGACUCCAGUAGCUCCAGUAACCACCACUGCACCAACCACCACAACGGUUGUGUCUGGCAGUGGCUUCUGUGCCGACAAGUCUGACAAUCUUUAUGAGAAAAGUGAUGACAAAAACUCCUUUUAUCAGUGCUUCCACGGCCGCACGUUCAUCCAGACAUGUCCUGCUAAUCUUGUUUUCAAUAGCAGUUGCAAGUGCUGUGAUUGGCCAAAAUAAAUUUUAAAUCAUUGCCUUGCUCAAACAAUGCAGUAUCUUUUCAUCCUUCAUUUAAGGGAAGUAUAUUCAAUGUAGUCCACAAAGAAUAACCCCAAAGUUUUCUGCUCAUGGCGAUAUUAUACAUAAAAUAUCAUCUGUGCGGCAUCACACCAUAAUAUGUAGAUAUUUUUAUCCUCACUUUCAUUAAACUACUUUUUGGUGCAUUCCUUGAA